CAUUGGGAUUUGUCUCAUGUAUAUAUAUCAUUUCGCAACGGCACUACUAAGCAAGAUAUUAUAAAGCUCGAGUACUUAAGAAAAGUGUUUGUGUAUGGACCCACACAACCUUCCACAACAACCAGUGCGUUUUUCUUUAAAAUCAUUUGGGGCAUGUUGAAAACUACCACCACAAAAAGAAAUACUUAAAUUACAAAACCACAUGUGUGCUCGAGUGUUUGUCUAUAUUGGGGUUAGUGUGUGGUCCUACAGCACAAUUCAAAUAAUAUUCAAACCAGCGGAAAAAGGAAACUUCACUCGAAAUUUGAUGAAUAAUCGAAGCAUGAAGAUAUACUAUAUACUUGUUAUAUUUCUAUAUUAAUGCAUUAAAACUAUUUAAAUAGCCUCAACCAGUAUGUUAAAGACAGCAUUAAGUUUUUGCCACCCUUUGCAUAAACUUUAGUUAUGAAAUUUAUAAUUUUACUUGCCAUAGUAGUGGCUGCCACAGCAAAUUUAUUACAAUAUACUGGUUAUAAUUAUGAUAACUAUAAUGUACCAGGAAUUAAUUAUCCCUCCUACAACAAACCGCUUGUGUAUCAUCAUCAUAAUAACUAUGUUGUUAAGCCACAGAGUCCACCACAAUAUCCAAAUAGCAAUGUAGCGGUGUGUGCAACAUAUAAUGGAAUUUGGAAAACAUUUGCAAAUAUAUAUCAAUUUAAGGAUGAAGUUAAUCAAGGACUGGCCUGGAAUUUUCAUAGUUAUGGAACUUGCCCUAAGCCUCAGAAACCUUUACCGGAAGCGGUAGAACCCAUAUGUGCUACUUACAAAAAUCAACUGAGAACUUUUGCCAAUGCCUUGGCUUUAGAAGUGGAAAAUUUAAUUAAUGGAAAAAAUUGGGUUAAACUAUUCAACGGUGUUUGCCCUCAUAUCUCAGAACCGAUAACAACCACAACUGCUGUGCCCUUUCCCUCUACUCCUUGCGGUAAUCAGCCAGUUUGUGGUGUUCUUAAUGGUGUUUGGAAGACGUUUCUCAAUUUGAGUGAGCUCAAUGCAGAAAUUGCUAAAGGUUCAGGUUGGAGCUUUUAUAGUUUUGGCUUUUGUCCUAAACCCGAAGUAUGCGCUAAAUUUGAAGAUGAAUUUCGUACAUUUUCAAGUGCUUUAGCAUUGGAGGUGGAGAAAAUUGUUAGUGGAAAGAAUUGGGUAAUUGUCGCUUCUGGUGUAUGCUUAAACACACCAACACCCUCACCCGCCACACCCACUCCCUCAACACCUACUACCACUCCCUCAACACCCACUACAACACCCUCAACACCUAAUACCACUACUUCUACUCCUGCAACUAACACUCCACCAGCAUCAGUUGAAGAUAAUGAUUUUAGUAUUAGUACCACUGAUACUACAGAGGCUUCAACAAAUAAAAUGUCUUCUACACCAUCUGAUUCCGAUUCUGAUAAAACAACUUCUAAAUAUUCCACUUCGAAUCCUCCAGAUAAUGUAGAUGAUACUGCUGCUACGCUUACCACACCAAGUGGUUGUCAAACUAAUCAUCGUAUUCAACAGAAUAAUAAUUAUCAUGGUCCAUAUGUAGAGGGUUCCUUCCACUAUAAUCAUAACAUGUUUAACCAGGCCAAUAUUAAACCGUAUCACAGUAAAAAAUAUUAAAUAUUUUUUAGAGAACAUAAGCAUGCAUUCCGAAUUUUUUUUAAACUUGUAAAAACUUUCAAAUAACUUUUAUUUUUUUUUAA